UCCAAAACCGGGCCGGAGAGUCCCGCCUCUUCCGGCCGAGCCACUUCCGGUGCUGUGGGAAUGUAGCGGAGACAACGGCUGAGGAGAAUCGCUGGAGCGGAGGAGACGCUUGAAGCUGGCCGUCUGACGCGGCAAAUCCCGUAUAGGGAGAACUGGGGUUCUUGGCGCCCCUCCCCCCCAAAAAGCUUCUUAGCUUUUGCACCCGCGCCGGCCUGGUGCCUGCAUGGUGACCCGAUGGCAUCCCGCAAAGGAUCGGCCACCAGUCCCGGAAACGCACCCGUUGGCAAUGGCCGAGAUCGGGAAGACGUGGAGCUGGCCGAGCUCGGACCCCUUUUAGAGGAGAAAGCCGGUCCGGGAACAUCCCGUUCGGCCAAUAACCCGUGUCAGCCAUGCCCGGCUACUCAGGAGGAAGAGGAGGAGGAAGUAAGGGUCUUAACCCUCCCCUUGCAAGCCCACCAUGCUAUGGAGAAGAUGGAAGAAUUCGUCUACAAGGUCUGGGAAGGGCGGUGGAGGGUCAUCCCCUAUGAUGUACUGCCAGACUGGCUGAAGGACAACGAUUACCUGCUUCACGGACACCGCCCGCCCAUGCCGUCGUUCCGCGCCUGUUUCAAAAGCAUCUUUCGCAUCCACACCGAGACCGGCAACAUCUGGACCCACCUGCUUGGCUUCGUCCUCUUCCUGUGUCUCGGGGUCCUGACCAUGCUGCGUCCCAACAUGUACUUCCUGGCGCCCCUGCAGGAGAAGGUGGUUUUUGGGAUGUUCUUCCUAGGCGCCGUGCUAUGUCUCAGCUUCUCCUGGCUGUUCCACACCGUCUACUGCCAUUCGGAGAAGGUGUCACGGACGUUCUCCAAGUUGGACUACUCAGGAAUCGCCCUGCUGAUUAUGGGAAGUUUUGUCCCGUGGCUUUACUACUCCUUCUACUGCUCGCCCCAGCCGCGACUCAUCUAUCUGUCCAUCGUCUGCGUCCUGGGCAUAUCCGCCAUUAUCGUGGCCCAGUGGGAUCGCUUCGCCACCCCCAAACACAGACAGACCCGAGCAGGGGUCUUCCUCGGGCUGGGCCUGAGCGGCGUGGUACCCACAAUGCACUUCACCAUCGCCGAGGGCUUCGCCAAGGCCACCACGGUGGGCCAGAUGGGAUGGUUCUUCCUGAUGGCUGUGAUGUAUAUCACCGGAGCCGGACUUUACGCAGCUCGUAUUCCGGAAAGAUUCUUCCCGGGCAAAUUUGACAUCUGGUUCCAGUCCCAUCAGAUCUUCCACGUCCUGGUGGUGGCCGCGGCCUUUGUCCACUUCUACGGCGUCUCCAACCUGCAAGAGUUCCGUUACGGAUUGGAAGGCGGCUGCACGGAUGACUCGCUGCUCUAAGGAUCGUGAGAAACAAUCUCAAAAAGUUCCCGAAGAGCUUUUCCGGCGGACUUCAUCUUUCUCAACUUAAAACCGAAAGAUAGGUUGUUGGGUUUUUUUUAUUAGAAACAAAACUUGACACAACGUUGACUGCGCCUGGUGUUUGAAGCCUGGUGAGAAAGGAGAGCGGGGUUGCUCAUUUCUGAGGCUCCUCCGCAUUCUUGACGAGACAGCACACGGCUCGUCAGAUUCCUUGUUUCCCGUCGGGAAUGUCUCGCUCAGCAACGAUAGCUCUGACGAAGAAUCCCCGGGCUAUCCCGCCGACAUUUGUCUUUCUUGACAAAAAUCAUGUACAGCUAAAAGGAAAGUAUUGAAUAUUUAAGAAGUAGUUUUACAAGUGAGGUGCUGCCCGUCGGCUUCUGGAUCCUGACGUAUCGUCGAGGGAGCUGGGAGCCGGCCGCGAGGUGGGAUUCAGUGUUGCCGAGCUGUGACUUUCGGUGUGGAGAUGAUUGGAAUAAACAGUCUGAAGCUGUGGAUAAUGGGGUGCUGGGGAAUCGGGUCAAGGGAGGGGGGGGGUUGUCUUCAAGGUGUGCACGCAUCUACUCAAUCCAGAGUCUUAGCCUGGAGAUUUUGCUUCUGACGACCAUGGCCCUUUUGCUGGAUUUUCCAUGUCCCAUCCGAGCCACAUGCAUUGAUUUUCCCAACCGGCUAUUUUGUCUCGCCGUGCAGAAGAAAGGGAGGAUGAUUUGAAGGGGGUUGAGUUUCUGGUUUGCAAACGGCAUCUAUGCCGACAAAUAAAAAGAGGUGGAGCAAAGUUAUGGCAAGAUUUUUGCUGAAUAGACACAGAUAUAGAAAGCUGCCAUGUCUCGCACUGCUUGGAUCUAAGAGCAGAGAUGGCUAUGAGAGUGAAUUGUCCACCUGAACUGGUCUUCCCAGAGUAACCCUGCUUGGUCUUCCUCCUACUCCAUCCAACUUUCUGGCUUGUGCUUGUUGGUUUCCUUGCAAAUGUUUCACGACCCAACUAGGGAAUAUCAUCAGUGCUAAAAGGGGUUUGCUCUCUGUUUAUAUAUAAUCCCUUCUAGCACUGAUGAUGUUCCCUAGUUGGGUUGUGAAAUGUCUGCAAAGAAACAUCCAAGCUCAGAGAGCACCAAGGACCCCACAGUUGUUCUCCGCUCCCUCCUCUUCUCUGCACACACCACUCCCUUCCAGCACUGAUGAUGUUCCCUAGUUGGGUCAUGAAACAUCUCUGAGAAAACUAGCCAGCUCGGAGAGCACCAAGGACCUAUUCUUGUCUGUUGGUAUUUCUUACUUGGUUUGUUCAGAUAUUUCCUAGGGUAUCUCUCGUUACCUAAAAGCUUGCUUCAGUUGGGUGCUAUUGUUGUUCGUCCCUUUUCCUGCAUUUAAUUGUAGGUUGUGUAAGAGGAGAGCUGUGUCUAUACUGUGUCCAAAAUUAGGAAUCUCAAAGCCCCUUUUCCAUCUCAACAGAUUUUAUUAAAACGAAUCGGCUUUUGUGAGUUGCAGAAAGCUGAUACCUUUGAACACAACUUGUGAGUUGGAAAUAAUACGAAUGGCGUUAUCCUUCCCAUCUGCCAGCGAUUUCCUGAUAGGACGAGUCCAGCUGUGAGUUUACUUCUUACCCCUUUCUUAGCAAAAAAAAUAUCAGCUCUGCCCUCGUACAAUCGUGGUGGCACACACCUCGUUGUAUAGACAGCAAAGGCCCUCCUGUUAUUUCAGACGGAUUACACAAAUGAGAUUAGGCUUGCCAUGUGUGGAGAGUACAAAUCAGCCUCUUCUGGCUUUGCACUUUCCAGCUUGUCACUUUCACCUCUGCAGGUUCUUGCACAGAAGUUGCACUUUAUUGUAUGAAGAUCUGUUAAGAGUGUGCAAGGUUUUGGAUGCAAACUGGAAAAGAUGCUGUGGAAUGCAGAGAGGUAGCAUUGUCCCAGCAAGAGAGGUAGCUGCUUUCAUGAGCUUGGACUCAAUGCAGGGUUGAGAUUUAGCUGCUUUCAUAGGCUUCAAAUUUGUGCUUGGGUGUUGAGGUGUAGGUGCUUUAAUGAGCUUUGAACCAGCACAUUUUGUUGAGAUAUAGCUACUUCAAUGAGAAUUUAAACAGUGUUGGCUGUUAAGAUGUAGCUGUUUAACAAGCUGCAAACCAGUGCUGAAUUUUAAGAUAUAACUGCUUUAAUGAGCUUCUAGCCAGUACCAGAUUGUUGAAAUGUAGCUGUUUUCAUAGGCUUCGAAUUUGUGCUGGGGUGUUGAGAUGUAGGUGCUUUAAUGAGCUUGGAACCAGCAGAGGUUGCUGAGAUAUAGUUAUCUUAAUGAGCAUUAAAGCAGUGCUGGAUGUCACUAAAUGAACUGUUGUAAAUUGAGGACUACCAAGACUUCUCAUUUAGCAUUCCUUUGGGGACCAGAGAAUGGAAUAAAAACAGGUUUUGUGUUACCUCAACACUGCCUAAACCAGUUGUCAACUUGUCGGUCCUUCAGAGGACCAUUUGCGGUCCACACAACUUGGCAUGCAGUGGCUUUCUUCAAAUCGAGCAACUUGAAAAAUGUAUGGACUCUGAUUCCCAGCAUUCCCCUGCCGGCGUUGGGGAUUCUGGGAGUUUAAUUCCUGACAUGCUGGUUGGACAAUUCUGGGAACAGAACGCUGCACAUUUUCGUGUUCCCACAGGGGAAUCAACCCUCCGCUGUGGUUUCGGUUCCUUUGGUGAGACAGAUCAACACAAGAAGGAUUUUUUUUUUCUUUUGAAAGUCCGCAGGACGGGCUGAGACCAAACAUUUUGCGUUUUUGGCCCAAAUAUCCAAAUCUUCCCUAAAAAUUUAUCAUCAAGUUAGCACUGAUGAUAAAAGCUCUCCAUCCAGGAAGGACAUAAACUUCCAUCUCGGUCUUCUUUCAAAAUUAAACAAUUAAAAUUUGCCUUUAAAACAGUUCAAGUAGUCCUCAAAUUUCAACCAUUUGUUUACAGGCUAUUAGAAGUUACGACUAUUUGAAGUUGUUAUUUGAAAAAUGAUUUGCGGCUGAUCCUCACACUUACGACCAGUCCUCACACUUACCACUGUCGCAGUAUUUCCCCAGUAAGGUGAUUGAUCUCCAGGUGUCUGGCGAUGGCAUGUAUUUAUGACCGUUGCAAGGUCAUGUGACCGCAAUUUGCGACCUUCCCAGCCUGGCUUCCGACAACCAAAGGGAAUGGGUGAAAGCUCGAUUCGCUUAACAACCACUUGAUUCAUUUUAACAACCGUGGCAAAAAAAGGUAAAAUGGGUGUGACUCACUUGCUUAGCAAUGGGAAAUUCCUAAUUUCUGGGUUCCUUGGUAUGCUCCGGCAGACAUUUCAUGACCAAACUAGGUAACAUCAUCAGUGCAAUCCUGUGAAAGUCUCACCCCAAUUGUGGUCGUAAAUCGAGGACUGCUCAGCCUUAUUCACCGGCCUUCCCCACAUUGUGUUUGGUUUGUCAAUCUUGGGAGCCAAGGAUGGAAACAGCUGACUUAAAAAGCUGAAAAAAGUUUUUAAACGGAGCUCAUCGAUAAAGUACAAUGUCACACAAGUGCCCAACCACAAACGUGCAAAAGAUACAAAGACACAACUGUCUGGUAGCAGGCAGGUUGCAUCCGGUCGCAGCAACGAAACGAAACGUCCAACAAAAGUGGUUACCUCUGGUCUUCCUUUGGCCACCCAGCAACUUUUCAAACACCAGAUGUGUGUCUGUGUGUGUAUGUGUGUGUAUGUUUGUGUCCCGCAGGCACACACAAACACACCCUCUUCAGCAGGAGAAGGCAGUGCCCAGAAUAAAGAUACAAUUUGAUCCUGUAUGUUGCUGGCCCUUUGCAGGAAACCACCUCACACUGUCCGAAGAAAAGAAAACUUUGUUUUCGUAGCAAACACCCGAAAGGCUCUGCAGAUGCUAGCUAUACAGGUAGUCCUUGACUUACAACUGUUCAUUUAUUGACCGACGUUACGGCACUGAAGUAACUGACUUAACGUCUGGUUUUCACAUUAUGACCGUUGCAGCAACCCCAUGGUCAUGAGAUCAGAAUUCAGGCACUUCGCAAGUAGCUCAUAUUUAUGACCCCAUUUUCUGACCCCCUGAUAAGCAGAGUCAGUGGGGGAAAGCCAGAUUUGCUUAACGGCCACAUGAUUCACUGGACAACCGCACUGAUUUCAUUCACAAUAACCAUGACAAAACAGGGUUGUAAAAACGUGGCAAAGUUCACUUUAAAACAGCUGCCAUGGCUUAACCAGGGGCUCGAUUGUGGUCGUAAGUCAAGGACUCCUAUCAAGGACCCAGGUAGAAAGAUUUCAGAAAAUUAUAUUGGUGAGGCUACCCCCCCUCCCCUUCCCAAGAUGAUAUUUUUAAAAAUGUUACAAGAAAAGUGGGGUUUUAAGGUAAUUUAGAGGGUAAUAGAAGUAGUAAACCUAUGUAAUAACUUGAGAUAUCAAGAUAUAUAUAUAUAUAUAUUUAUGAAAGGAACUAAAGUGAUAGCUGGUGCAAAAAUCUUAUUAACACCUCGCGGUAAUGAUCGGGAUAAUGUGGAUUAUUAUGUAGGUGUAAAUGUUCAGUUAUAAGAACAGAUGCGUUUGGCAUAUUUCUUUUUUCGACAGAGACGAUGCCUUCGUAACAACGAACCUUUUUUUCUGCAGUUUGUAAACUAGCCAAGAUUGUAAAGAGGUUUCUCAGCAAUAAAAAAAAACCCUUUUUAAAUUAUU